CCCGUCCGUCCACCCGCGCAGACAAAACCUUUGCCCACAUCAUUUGCCUUGUGCGCCGCCUCUGGCACCAAAAAAUUGUCAGGAUGAGACCAAGGCCCCAAACCUACGAGACAACGCAACGCCCCCCAGAAAAUGAAAAUCCCGCCUCCCUCCCUCCCUGCCUCCGCUUCCCCCCAACGCUCCCCGUCCGUCCCUGUUUUCCAACACCACCGCCGCCAUGUGCAUCAUCGCCAUCGUCACCACCGCCUGUUAGACCAGCACCGCCAAAUCCUGCGCCCCCCUAACCUCCCUGCCAGGGCCUCCGCCUUGACCUGACCUGAAUCGACUCGGCUCGGCUCGACUGCGCGCCGCAUCACCGCCGCCGCUUGCUGCCCAGGCCACCAACGACGGGACGCGGACGCCUCAGCCUUCGCGUCUCAUUGCUACCAGCAUUACUAGCAGCGCACCACCGCACCGCAUUUCGACGUGCCUUUCCUUUGAUUGCUGAGGUGCUGCCGGGCCACCGCCCAAAAUCUGCCACCGACUCCGCCAUCCACCACGUCGCCUCUCCUCGACUAAUAAAGUCCCUCCUCCCAUUGCCACACGCUCCAACCUUUGUCCCCCGCCAUCCCCAUCUCAACGCUUCAACUUCCACGCCGCAGCCCAUCACCGCGACACCGCUCUGCAUCAUCACGCCCUCGCGAUGCCUCCAACCGGCAAGUCCGCAGAUACCCGGCGCAAGUCGGGCGGCAAGCCCGGCCUGCUCGUGACCUUGACCGUGCCCUCGCGCCGGCUCCAAGAAAUCGUGGACCCCGACUUCAUCAAGGAAGACACGCCGUCCGCCAAGUCGCCGUCCGCCAAGUCGCCAUCCGAGCCCAAGGACGUCAAGGACUCGCCUUCCAACUCGGCAAGCCUCGCUGCGGCGCCUACCGCCAACGGCGAAAAUGCAAGCGAUUCAAAUGCGGCCACCCCUGCGGCUGAAGGCACUCCCGCGCCGUCCGUCAUGGGGCCUCCCACUGACGGACCCAAGAAGAGAGGAACAAAGCGCGGUGCGGCAGGCCUGAUCGACGGCAUUCCUAAACCAAGGGGCAAGCCUGGUCCGAAGAAGAAGCCUCGAUUGGAGGAUGGCACAAUAGACCACUCGGCAAGCCGACCCUCUGGCGCUCACAAGCUAGGCCCCAAGGCGAACCAGGGCGCCAUCAACGCCGGCCUUCGUGCGCUCGACAGAACCGGAAAGCCUUGCCGCAAGUGGGCGCGGGGAGGAUUUACCCUCAAGAGCUUCACCGGCGUCGUCUGGGAGGUUUCCAGAUGGACGGCUCCGCCCAAGAAGGCUCCGGAGUCGAGCAAUGGCGAAUCUGGUGCCCCUUCGGCGGCUGACAAUAGCAGCAGCAAAGAGAACAAAGAGAACGGCCAAGAAGGCAACAGCGCCAGCAACAGCAACAGCGGCGCCGACGCUGAGAUGCGCAGCGUCCACAGCAUCAACGCGUCGUCUCCCGCGCCCAUUGCCGUCGCGGCCGUAUCUUAGAUGCACUUUUUCUCUGACAGCCUCACGGCGGCUUCUUUGCAUUUAUUCGAGACACCUGGGAGUUGUGAGUUUUGACGUUCUUUUGCCGAGCGAGGCCUAUGGGAUGGCCAUUCAAGGUCAUCAAGAGCAUGGCCUCUUGUCUGUUUGAAUGACAUGUUUAUUAUGCGACUCUUCACAUACGCGACAGGCGAGUCGCUGGCGUUUGGCAAGGAAAUGGUCGCCCGCCGUGCAUGGACGGCAGGGCUGCGGAGUACUAGGUCGAGGGCAGCGGGCUUUCUGUGUAUCAUAAUGAGGCUUUUGCACAAGCCCAGGACUCAAUUAUGGAACGGCUUGAGCCGAUGUCCCACCCGACAUGACAUGCAUCGCGAGCUACUGCUCUGCAAGUGCUGCAGAAUUUGGGCCAUUGUCGUGACGUUUACGGGGCUGAUUGUGUGCGUGGUGGGCAGGAAGGGCUGGUCAUGUUGUGGACUGGUGCUGAUCCGACGCCACCUCCGCUCAGCGGCUCUCGGGUGACCCGGCUGUGCUGGAAUUGCGU